UUUUCAAUGAACUGGGAACUGCGGAAGGAGCACGCAAAACGUCAUUUCCGAAGAACUGGAGCCACGCCUUGUAGGCUGCAACAUGGAGGCGACCAGUGGAAAUGAUGAGGUGGUUUCCAGGGAACUGACGUCUGUGGCGCACGCUGUUUCUCUCCCAGCCGAGUCUUACGGCAACGAUCCUGAUAUUGAGAUGGCUUGGGCCAUGAGAGCAAUGCAGCAUGCUGAAGUCUACUACAAACUGAUUUCAUCAGUUGACCCACAGUUCCUGAAACUCACCAAAGUGGAUGACCAAAUCUAUUCUGAGUUUCGGGAAAAUUUUAAGAAACUCAGGAUAGAUGUAUUGGACCCAGAAGAGCUCAAAUCAGAAGGAGCUAAAGAGAAGUGGAGACCAUUCUGUUUGAAGUUUGAAGGGAUUGUAGAAGACUUCAACUAUGGUACUUUGCUGCGACUGAACUGUUCUCAGGGCUACACUGAGGAAAACACCAUCUUUGCACCCAGGAUACAAUUUUUUGCCAUUGAAAUUGCUCGGAACCGGGAAGGUUAUAACAAAGCAGUUUACACUAGUGUUCGGGACAAAGAAGAAGAGAAAGGAGCCAAUAAUGGAGGAGACAAAGGAGCCAACAGUGGAGGAGAAGAAGAGAAAGGCGCCAACAGAGAAGGAGAAAAGGAGAAAAUCAACAAAGGAGGAGAAAAAGAGAAAGAAUCCUACAAAGAAAUCAACACAAGUGGUGAAACAGCUAUGUAA